GUCAUCUAGUCACUUUGACGUUUUAUGGGAAAUGCGUGCGUAUAGUUAUUUUUAUAUGGAGAUUUUCUCUCCGUUGAAAAAGGACGGGCGAAAAAUGGGCCUGAUUUUGUGAUUGAUUUGGGGAAAAAAAGGAUUUAUUUGUAUGAACAUACAUUCCUCGGCUUUAUUAAAGUUAAAAUGACGUAGCGAGAAGACAAUUUAACAGACUGGAGCGAGAUGGAUUUUUAAAGACAUUUGAUAUUUUUCAUAACGCGCAGGAUAUGUUUUUAUAUAUCUUGGAUAUGUGAAUAUACGAGGAAUAUAAGGAUCGACAGCCGUGUUAUAAACGUGGAAAUAUAGACCAAGUUCCGAAAUGGAUUUGUUCGUGAUUCUUCUGUGUUUUACUGGAGUAUUUGUACAUGGAUUGCUUGCAGCUGAAAAUAUACCUAGUUUUGAGAGUAUAGCGUUUGGGUUGGAGCCAAGUUUUGAUGUCCCUGUGAUCAAUGUAACAGUACAGGAAGGAGAUGUUGGCGUCUUGCCGUGUUCUGUUGACUACCUCGGGGAACACAAGGUUGUAUGGACUGACCAAUGGUCAACAUUACUGACACUAGAUGACCGGCGUAUAAUAGAUGAUCCGAGAAUUAGCAUAGAGAGGCCUUACACCAAGGACUGGAACCUUCAUAUCAGAAAGACAAGCUAUGCUGACCGUGGCCAGUAUACAUGUCAGAUCAACACCAACCCUGUCAAGACAAAAACCGUCAUGUUGAUAGUCCUAGUUCCGUCCAAAAUUAUAAAUGAGUUAUCCAGUGGUGACAAGACAGUCCGGGAGGGUGAAACAGUGACUCUCGUCUGCAACGUUACCGGCGUUCCUACACCGGAUGUCACGUGGUACAAAUUACCAAAUGAAGGCUCACAGAAGAAAGAAAGGCUAGACCUGGACCCCGGUUCUUAUACACUCAUCAGAUCCUGUGCGUACACACUCCAUCAAACAGAGUACCUUUUUGAGGAUAACAGGGAAGGGCGUAAUAUGUUUGUAAACGUGAUAGGUUACAUUUCAACAGAAAUGGAUGGAAUAGGUACAACAGGUGAAGUGUUGAUAAUUCACAAUGUAUCCAGAUAUUGUGACGGUACAUAUGAAUGUGUAGCAUAUAAUAAUGUAGAACCGGCUGUUACACGACAGAUUAAGGUGUUUGUUGAGUUUGCACCGGAAGUAUCUUUACCUACAAAAAGGCUAGGACAGUUUCUUGGGAGAGAGACUAUUUUAGACUGUGAAAUAACAGCUUAUCCACACGCCAUCAUGAACUGGAGGAAAGGCGAGGAGGAUAUUGACUUUUUUAACAAAGAAAAAUAUCAGGUUGAACUGUACAGUGGAAAUGACGAAAGUACCCGGAAGACACUUAGUUUAAGGGUUAGGGAUAUUCAUGAGGAGGAUUAUGGUGAAUAUACAUGCUAUGCUGAAAAUAAAAUUGGCAGUGAUAAGGAAACUAUGCUGUUAUAUGAUUACGCUACUCAUGAAAUGAAGAAGACUACACCGUCUAAAAGACCUCCUCUAAUUGACCCGCCUGUAUCUAAACCAAACAUUCCAUUACAUUCAGACGGAAGAGGUACAGGAAAAACAUUUAUCACAAUAGAUGGAUCCAGAAAGCCUAUUCUUCACGAUACCAACAGGAAUGAUGCCCACAGACGUCUCAGACCGGGUAAUGACGAUUCUGUGUACGAAAAUGAAGUAGCAAAGCGCACAGGAUCUCGAGCUGUGAAAUGCUCUGGCACAUUUGUUACUAUCUGUGAAGGGGAAGGUACGGCAUCCAUGAGCCAUGCCAGUGAGUCAAGUGGUCACGUGACAUUAAAUUCAGUAUUAUGCGCUUUAAGCCUUAUUACGUCAAACCUUGUGCUACUUAUGCUUUUAUAGCUUAAAACAAUGCCUGUAAGUUAAAAGAAAAGAUACGUUUCAUUCAACAGACAAUAGAGGAACAAUCGAAGCAGUUUGCUCAACGUAAUUAAACGACAAAAAGUUUGUGUUUGUUUUAAAUUGUUUGUUGGUUAAGAUUCAGAAUAUAACUUUCAAUAACUUUCAAUAUCUGUAGCCAAAGAACUAAAUGGCGUCGGGUACAUUUAUUGUGACGUGAUCAUUAGAGAACACUUAAUAAGUGCCUCUAUGUAAAUGUAAAUUAGUGAUCACGAAUGUCUGUAAAUCGUUAAAAAAUAUGUCAAAAAACCCCCUUACAAAUAAACAUGCGUUUGUGUGUCAACACAGAUGAAAAUAUGGAUAUCAGAUGUGUGAGUGCUAGGAUUUUAUGUGACCCAAAUGUAAUUGGAUUAUAUUCUUAACAAUAUGAAUUGUACAUGGGAUUUCUGUGACGUAAGCGAUGAAUGUUGACACUAGAAGAGUAUCAGAUCAUUAACAUGCACAUCUUAACAUUUAACUGUAUCUUACAGUCAGAAUAACCCGGCAUGCUUGAGAUGUAUUACAUGUUACAGAUUCUUACACUUAAAACAAUAUUUCUUCUAUUUCCUAUGUGCAUCGUUGUGCUUUUUAAUUGAUAUACUUACAUGACAGCAAAUGUUACGACUGCUUGUAGACAUUUGAGGUGCUUGCCCAUUAUAAUUGUGUAAUCAAUCAUUACUUUUCUACAAAUACUUCUAUACUGUAUUAGCAACCAAAUGUGUACCAACUUUUGCACUAAAGUAACUUAAUAAAGGCGAUAUUAAGAGAACCCCGUAUGAACAAUGAACCCCGUUCUUAACAAUUUUAUGUUACUUUGUAUUUCAGAUACUGUGCAUAGAAAUCAUAAAGGGCAUUUAUAUAGAUCAAUCAUUAUAAUAAAUCACCGAUUCUCCAUCUGUUAUACUACUCUAACAUGUAUUAUAUCAAAUGUAACAUUCCGAUCAAAAUGUGUU